CGUCCGCCAGGUCCGCCCUUUCGCGUUGGCGUGUUGGCGGCCCUGCACUGUUUUCACGCGCUGUCGCUGUGUAGUGUAGCGGUCGCUGCGACAGACACGUUCCUCUUUCAACCUCACACGGUGUGUUUCGAAAUGGCUUUGUCAAGGCUUCGUCGUCAUCAUCAGGGGUCUGCAAACCUCUCUGGACUCGGGCAUUUCCUGAUCGCCGCCAUGGAGAGCAUGCAGCGGACAGCGAUGCCGGAGGAAGUCGAAAUUCCGGCCGAGAGCGCCUCGACUGUCCACGCGAGCAUGAGCGAGCGCUCAUCUUUGCCAAGCGUCCCUCUCCCUCGAUAUGCCCUGGCGAUUGUGUUCCUGGCUUUGGCGGCUCUGGCCCUGGCGGCUCUGGCCCUUUCUUGUGGGACGGAGGACGCUAACCAAAGGAUACAGCUUGAAUGGUCAAUUGGAAUUGGACCAUGGGAAGGCUUCCAGUAACCCCUUACUUGUCGUGGGAGUGAAAAAUCUAAAUCUAAUUUUAAAUGUUCAUUAAAAAAAAUUGAGCUGA